AUGGCUCCUGCUGUCCGAGCGAACAUCGGCGCAUGGCCCAGCUCUAAACGGAUGACAUCGAUCAAGGAGAUAUACGUCGCCGCCCAGAAUCUACAUCAAAACGAAUUGCAGACAAGGCACACGUUCGUCUGGUUCAAUCCUGAUACCUCGACUGAAUCCCUCUUAUUCGCAUCCGAUGCGAAAGAUCAAAAAUCACGGCACGCACUUGAAAGAAUCAUCGAGAAACACUGUGUCGACCACCUGCUUACUGCAGAAGUAUCUUGCGACAAUACCGAGCAAAUAUUGCGUGAUAUCCUUGAAGUCUGGGAGAAUACCGGAGAAGGUGUGGAUGAUGUCGACCGGCGCAUGCUAGCUAUUCUGGUUUCAAGAGAUAUCGACAAUCCUUCUGGACACACGUGCGAAUGUAUCUAUGAGCUCGCAGUAGAUCUUAGCUUGGGGCGAUCUUCUUCUUUUGUCCGAGACAUAGUGCGUAUCGUUCGUGUGCAGGAGACGGACUCACGGCAAGCCAUCAUUGCUUUGACAAACACCCUGGCAGCACGGGAAGGUUGCAAAACAUGUUGGAGAAUGGUCUUACUAAGAUGGCUGAACCAAAGUGAGAAGCAAGAAGCGCGAUGGGGCACUGCCAUCAUCGACCACUUGAUCCAAACCAUGGAUCCUGCGACAUGGCUCUCCUUUAUGCAAUCACUGGAGACGAUCUUCGCCGACAUCAUUGCCGAUAACACCAACAAACACGAGUUACCGUCUCUACUUCAGCCCCAGAUUUUGACUUGGGUAUCGCAAGUAUCAAAGUUCGGGCCCACCUUAACGAAGCUCGAAGAAGUAUCCGACAGUUCAUUCGCAGUCAUUGAGUAUUUAUCUGAACUACUGGACGCGCCAUAUGAGGCUAUAGAAGCUUGCAACGAGAUUUGGGAUGCGAGAUGUGGAUUUCUGGACAUACCUGGUCUUCCUACUCACGAGCGAGCUGGUCUUUCUCGGAUCGUCUCGAGAGAUGUUGUCUACUACGACGGCGCGUCCAAACAGUACAAGAUCAUGACGCAACCAGACUCAUUGACGCCAAAGAAGAAGAAACCCCUUCAAACAAUUGCCAAGCGAAGAUACGACAUCCCACUAGCUGUGGCUGAGGUCAUGGUUGCUGGUUGGAUCCAAGACGACGACGUAGCACUAGAGACGAAAACGAUUAUCGAACGCCUCGCUCAGCUACUCGACUUGAAAGUAUACAAGCAGAAUAUCCCUAAGAGCGAGCUCUCCAAAGCAACAGAAUUCUGGAAUGGUAUCGAAGCAGAGAUCAUGCAAGAAGCCGAACGCCUCGAAGGGCUAAAGCGAACACUGAAGGCGAAAGACCCCUUGCAGACAGCCUUGCUGAUCGAGGAGUACAAUAUACCCGAUAGUAAUAUGCUGGAAGAUGAGAUACAAGAACUGCCUCCCGGCAUCAUCGAUCUAGUUGAACUAAUCGACGAUGACGAGAUUGAGAUGAGCUUCACACUCGCUUCCUACACUGAACUACAACGAAGCGCAAUGGGCGUACCGAGCACAGCGAACAACCUUCUCUUACGGCUAACUAUCGAUCGGUAUGGGAGCAAGCCACCCGCGUUCUGUGUGCACUACGACAGUGACAAGGGUAUAGAGACUGAUCAACAUUUCCCGUGGAUCUGUGUUGCAACUUCCAAUGCACCACACGGUAAUGUGUGUUUCUCGAAGCAAACUGUCUUCGUAUGGCAGAUGAACAGGCAUAUCCAUCGGUACCUUCGCGCGGGGAACGUAUCGUUAAGAGGGCUGUACGGCCUCGUCCAGACCAUGAUCGGAGAAAUGGGGCAAAGAUGCAUCUCCUGCGGCUGCCGCCACAAAGGGAGGAGCACGCAACUGCGGAGAUCUACACCAUGUUGGACUGUUGCAUGUCAACUGCUAUGGUACGCCCUCCCCCUGGACGUCCGCAUCCCUGAAAUCCGCACCGACAUCUUCGCCGUAGACAUGCUCCUCAGCUCCAUUUACAGCGCCGCCAUGGCCAACAAAGCCGAGCUCCUCCCCAACUGUCCCAUCCACCCCAUCAGCACCGUCAAAACCAUCCUCGAUAGUCUACCCAAACUGUCCGUCAUCCGCGACGCAGUCCACAUCUCCACCGUACUAUCCAGAUACCACGCCGACGCUGAGAAGCUCAUUUCAUGGGCAUGUACGCACUAUCGCGGUUACAUAGCUACAGCGAGCGGGCUGUGUAGGAUCAAGAAUCUGCCUACGGGGACGCAUCACUUUGUCCUGGCGAAUGCGAGUCCAGCGUUGGAAUCGGCGUAUAUGGCAAAGUUCCCGAGUCCUUCUACGCAGACUACAGUACUGUUCCACGGCACAUCACUAGACCGCCUCCCAGCAAUCCUCGCUAAAGGCCUUAUCGUUUGCUCGGGCACGACUCUCCAACGCACGGGCGCAGUGUAUGGAAGGGGUAUUUAUAUGGCGGAAGAUCCUGCGACGUCGUUUAGUUAUGCGCCUGUCUACUCGACGUGGAAGAACAGUGCGCUGGCCAAUAUGCGUGUUAUCCUUGGGUGCGAGGUCGUUGGGCAGGGUAACAGCGUUACCACCGGGGUUCAUGUUAUUACUGAUGAGGCGAGUGUGAUGGUGCGAUAUAUCUUUCUCUUCCGACAGAACGCUCAUGCGCCUGUUGCGAAUCAUGUUGUUACGGCUAUGAAGAGUGCGAUGGCGGCGAUAAGGACGGGUGUCGUGUAG